GUCGCUGCAAAUAAAAAUUUGAAUGCUUUUUCCGCCUUCAAAGUUUCUUCUACCUAAAGCUAUCGCAUAUGGUUUGAUAAGUCGGUCUUGACGGGUUUAAAUACCCUGCGGUCGUUAACUCUAUUGAAGCCCUCCUAUUGGCUAAGAAAACUAUCAACGAGAAUCGAAGAUGAUAAGCAUCUAACAGAAACAAUUCACUUCCGAUGUGGUGAUUGGUCACAGACUUCAAAUUCGCAAGAACGUGGAAUUUUGCUACCAAAUCGAAAAGUACACAAGUUUGUUACUUAUAGAUGAUCCUUGACCUCGGGGGCAUUUGAUUCUUUUGUUAUUGCCUUCCUGCCGAAGCGUGUCUUAGGACAGUGUGAAAAGGGUAAUGCUUAGAAGUUUCUUUUCCAAAUAUAAACAGAGCCAUAGAUAACACUGACCAGAUCUGUGUUCAAGCAAGCACACGUAUUGUUUUGGAAUGACUUAAUGAAAAAUGACAACAUUGUGCGUUCAAUAGGUGCGAAAAACGAAUAAGAGCGUCACCUCUAAAUCAAGCAUUGUGUCGUGAAUAUGUGUAAAGGGAAUGACCGCCAGCCAAAGAAACCAUUGUUUACUUUAAAAGAAGACUUCGCCUUCUAGAUCUGUAGGAGGUGUGUAGAGAACAGUAUGCGGUGAUAUGCACGCUGAUACUGAGCGUUCAGGGAUAACGUCUGAUUGUUGGUCCCCUUAGGUCGAUUUGCCUUAAAUUACACAACUUUUUUGUUUUCAACAAGUGAGCGAGACAGACGGAGUUUUUCUCGCUUAGAGUAGGCAUAAUCACACCCAAACUUCCGUGGGGUGCCUUUCAUAGGACUGUAAGGUGGUUACGAAUUCAGCCCUAUUCAAGCAAAAUCGCCGGCACGAUCCCUGAAAGUAUUCAGUGAAUUUAAAAAGCCUGGUAUCAAAUUAGGCAACCAAAAAGUUCAACCUCGUUCCCAGGGUUCUUCCUUUCCUUUACCAAAUUUUCAAUGGUAAAGCCCUGGAAACGAGUUACAAGGGAUUUAUGAUUAAUACCGGGCGCUCAUUUCGAUCGAUUUGGAAUUAUUCGUGCUUUUUUAUCCGAGGGAACGAAGAAAGUAAAAGACAAAAAACCCUUUCACUUUCUUUGAUUACAUCCUGUGAUGAGUCAUCUUUGUUUUCAAGGUUUCUAGGUUCGAAACCGUAGAUUAUUGAAGUUCUGUCACUGUUUGUGGAUCUAUCUUGGUCCAUCUUGAAAAGGCUUUUCAUCUUCGUUCCAUUUUAUUUUUCCAUUUCCGUUUUGGUGUUUAUUUUCACCCUAGCAGACAGUUGUUUUGGAGUAUAGCUGUCCAAAACUAAUUCUUUCGGACGCUGAAAGUGAAAUUCAAAAGAUUGUCUUGUGGUUUCUUUGUCGGGGUGUCAGCCAUUGGUUGGAGCCGGAAAUAAGGCUAAGCAUCAUAUCUGUUCAUUUUCUUCCGUUUGUUAUCCCAUGGUGUUACAAGAUGACGCAGGAUUCUAUCAAGGCAUUUGUUCGAGAAAAUUUCGGCAAGGACUACCUCCCAGUCUAUCACGGCCAUACAAACAUUAUCUCGCCACUUGCGCUGAUUGUUAAACGAAAGCGGUCGUUGUGGAAGCGCCCCUUUGGUAAAGGAGAAAUGGUCAUUGUUGGUGGAUUGCACAGAUAUCUUACUGAAGAGAAGGAGAAACACUUUAAAAACUACUGCCGGUCAAAACUUAUGAAAGAAAACAGGAAUUUGGAAAAAACAGAAACGAGUGAUGUCAGCAGGAAUCUUGAUAUCUCGCUUGAAAGCUUGGACGCUGGGGGACUGGAACUAAAGUUAACCGACAUUCUGGGGGACCUGGAGCUUGGCAAGCUUACAGAAGAGUAUUACGUGGACGUAGAUUUGCGCGAAUUGUUGUCACACGCUGUGUUAGAUCCUGAUAAGAUGACAUCAUUAGAGGGUCACCAUUUGCGUCUUGUAACAGCUGUGAUGUAUAGCGCCAAGUUUUUUCUUAGAGGCAACCGAAAGCAUCAGGCAACAAUUUCAGGAGAUGUCCACACACCCUCCAAGCUAGCCUGGUUAUUAGGGAAAGAUUCCUUAGUAAAAGGAAGCGUUACAAACCAGUCUUACCUUCCGCCAAUGGUACGAAGGCAGUCUCGGGCGCCUUUUCUCUUUAAAUUUUGUCGCGUAGCCUAUAACAAGGAAGGGAAAAGGUUACAGAUUCAAGAUGGCGUGUUUGUUGGCAAAUCCUUUCGGAGUGGUGGUGGACGCGAAGAUGUCAUAUCAGACGAACAAGCAGCGUUGCAUUUAGAAAUGGAAGAAAGUUUAAGUCCAGGUGGGAUUUUCCUAACAGAGAAAGAUAAUGAAAAAGUAGAAGAUGUCAGAAAACUUCUGAUCACUGCAGAAAAUGGUACUCAGCUGAAAACACAGAUAUUUACGUAUUUAAAUUGGUUUGAACAGAUUUUGACAAGUGACUCAAAGCUGUUACCAUUCGGCAAACCACUAACCAAGGAUGAUUGUGACUUUCUCCAAAAACUUGGAAUUCGAGCCAGGCCAAAGCAGUUGGUCCUGAGAUUAGCUUCGGUGCAAAAAGACGUGAUCCAUGAAUAUGGCUGCCUGUUGAAAUUUAUUAGCGAAGCAUCGAAAGAAAACUGGGAAGAACUUCUUCAAAGCAUGAUGGAUUCAGGGAAAGGCGAGGAAAAGAAUGAAGAUAUGGCUGUAGCAGAACAAUUACUCUAACAUAAAUGAUCCAUAUUUCUUUUCAAACCAUUAACUGAAAGAAGUAAAUAAACGCCUGAUUAUUUCA